GUUUCCGCGUAGACAGAUAAAGACUGGAAAGGACUGUUUGGAGGAAGAAAAGAAAGAGAGAGAAAGAGAGAGCUAUUUGAUUUUGUUUUCUACAUCUGAACGAAUGGCAACAGCGAUCUCUUUGACACCUAAGAUAAUAAAGAAGAGGAAAAGAAAUUUAUUUUUAUAUUCUUUUCUUUCAUCUUGAUGAUUCACACAUCAUUUUCUGUUCACACCACCUUCUUCGUAUAAAUCUUUCCUUUUCUUUCUCUCUCCAUCUUUUUCUUUUUGAUUCCUCUGAUCCAUUCAUCUAUCUUUUUGGUGGGUGCAAAUCUAUCGAUCUCGUUUUUUCUCAAUUAUUUGUUGUUGUGUUCUGUGUGUGAAUGGAAGGAUACCAUCAUCAUCAGCAGCAUCAUAUCAGUGUUAACGUUGAUACUGAUAGAUUUCCUCAAUGGAGCAUCCAAGAGACGAAGGAGUUCUUGAUGAUCAGAGCAGAACUGGAUCGAACUUUCAUGGAAACCAAGAGAAACAAACUUCUCUGGGAAGUGGUCUCUAACAAAAUGAAGGAAAAGGGUUUUUAUCGCAGCGCAGAGCAGUGCAAGUGCAAGUGGAAAAACCUAGUUACUCGAUACAAGGGAUGUGAGACGAUGGAAACUGAAUCUUUGCGACAACAAUUCCCAUUUUAUAAUGAGUUGCAAGAGAUUUUCGGAGCAAGGAUGCAAAGAAUGUUAUGGGCUGAAGCAGAAGGAGCAGCAGCCAGUUCUAAAAAGAAAGCUGUGCAGCUAUCUUCAGACGAGGAAGACGAUAACGAAGAAAGUGAGGGAGAGAAAGAAAGCGUUAGAAAGAAGAAAAAGGCCAAAAGAACUACGAAUAUCGGCGGCGGUGGUGGUGGCAGUGGAAAUAAUAAUAACAUCAGGGAAAUUUUGCAGGAUUUCAUGAAGCAACAGAUGCAAAUGGAAAUGCAAUGGAGAGAAGCGUUUGACGCUCGGGAAAACGAUAGAAGAUUAAAGGAAAUGGAGUGGAGACAGAAGAUGGAAGCAUUAGAGAAUGAGAGGAUAAUGAUGGAGAGAAGGUGGAGAGAGCGAGAAGAGCAGAGAAGGAUCAGAGAAGAAGCUAGGGCUGAGAAGAGAGAUGCAUUAAUCACAGCACUUCUAAACAAGCUUAGAAGAGAAGAAAUUUAAAUCAGAGUGUUUUUCUUGUUUUCAAGAAGAAGAAGAAGAAGGCAAGCUUUGAAUUAGAAAGAGAGAGAGGUUUGUCUUGAACUCUCAUUUUGCAGAUAUAUCAAUUGUUCUUUAGAUUUGUGCUUUCUUUUUGCCCAUUGUGUGGGUUACUUUUGCUGGUCAAAAGCUUCAAAUCACUCUUGUAAAUACCAUAUUGUUUUUUUUUGCUCCUAUAUGAUCUUAAUCAUGAAAGUUUUGUUAUCAUUAUUAAGACAUGACUAGGCUAAAAGAAUCAAUACUUUCUCGUCAAAAUCAUGAAGAAAGACUAGGGAUUUAUAGAUAUCAGAGAGUGGGGCAAUUAGGAAAAGAUAAUAUUAGUACUAAAGCAGUCUUCACGACUCAGAGGCCUCGAGUUCAAUCAAUGUGAAGCCAUUUAUAUCAAAAGAAAAGAAAAAAAAAACUAUGUCAUGAGCCAUCAUAGAAAAUGCAAUUUCCUAGAAGCACCCAUCUCAACAAGUUGCAGUCAAAUUCAACCAACAAUAUAAAAGAAGCACAACUAGCUAUUUCCUUAGGAAUCCAAGAUAUUAUACAAAUACAAUCUGAGAUGGGUGGAAAUAUUUCUAGCUGAUUAAGUUAAUUUCAAGCCAAUACUUUUUAAAAGUCAAGAAAUGUGAAUGACUUACUUUUUGCUUCUGGAAUUGUAAUGUCAGAAAGUUGAUAGCUUUAGAAUUCGUAGAAAAAAAAAGGGGGUUCUGAUCCUUUAUAGAUGUUGGUAUAUAUCAGCUUUUGUCAUCUGGAUGAGGUCGGAAAAAAAUCAACUAGGUAGAAGCUUUUCUUUUGGUUGAUAGAAGAUUGUCCAAGAGAGGAACAGGCUGUUACGUUGAGCUUACAGAUUUUCUACAGGGGAAGCAAUAAUUUGGAAGAAAGGUGUUGAUUAUGUAUAUGAGUCGGUGAUACAUCUCUAGAAAUCUAUAGCUGCUGGAGGAAGGGUUGAUAUGAGGAGGGAAAUUUUAGAAUUAAUAUUCUUAAUAUGUAGUGCUUGCCUGCAUACAUGGGUCCUUUGUAAAACAAAGGGAAUGAAUCCAAUGUAAUUAUUAGAAAGCGUGUGUACACCUAAAAGUAAUGAAUAAUAUCCCGAGGUGGAAAUUUAGAGGUUUU